GAAUAAAAAGAAGAAACAAAUGUGAUGAAUGUCAUCAACUGUCAUUUGUAAGAGUUAGUUUUGUUUUCAUUUCUUUUUUAAAAUUUUUAUUAAAAUGGAAACUACAUUAUAUGAUCAACAUUCAUACAAUAGGUCGAAUAUUAGAUCGAUAAGGAGUCCCUCCCCAAACGUACUACCAGGUAUAGACAAUGAAAAUAGUCCACUCCAAAUAGCUUGUACACAAGAAUCCACUGAUGGUAUAGAUGUGGUGUGGGAUUGGAACUCGCCACAAGGUAAAAAACACCCAAGAAAAUGCCAAAAACGGUUGUUGCAAUCUUCUAAAAAACCAAUUAAGAAACAUCCCUCUGUACAAGAUUAUGAAAAAUUGAGAAAAGAAUUACAGUCACUAAACGAAUUAACUCUACCAGACCGUGAAGAAAAUCCUAAAACUUCCCCAGUGAAACAAUCCGAAUAUAAAUCAUUAACUGGUAUAUUAUUAUUAGAUGCACCUAAACAGAAAUUAAAUGACGAAGAGUUUGAUGAGUUAAUGGAUGAUGAAAUAAAUGAGAAAUUAUUUGCUAUUAGUCAACAAGUUGCAGAACAGUUAAAUUCUAGUGAUGAUAAGGCUAAUUUAAAAACUAGUGAUAAAAAAGUGGAUGAUAAAUGUAAUUUAAAAACCAGUGAUGAUCAAGAAAACAACAACAAAAGUCCUGUAAGAAAUAAUCAAAUAAAAUUUAAAAAAACCAGUCCCAGAGAAAAAGCCCUAGCAAAUGAUUCGUUUGACGAUUUAUUAAGAAGCGUGGACGUUGAUAAAUUAACUGGAGAUAGUCCUAAAGAAGAAUGUAUCAAAAAUGAACAAUACAUAUACACCUCAACACAGAUACAGACAAAUUCAGGAAAAGUAGAAUUCCAUAGGACCCAAAGUUUCGAAAUAGCUAAUAGUAUAUCACAAAUUUCAAGAAAAUGUACUCAACAACAGAUAGAACAAAAGAGGAAGGAAGCUUUAGCAAAACUAGAAUCAAAACGAAAACUUGAUAGACAUUUUAUUUGUUUACAACAAGAAAUCGAAAAAAAACGGUUGCAAGCUUUGGCUAAAAUGGAAGCCAAAAGACAACAGGAUAUUAUUGAAAGGAAACGACAAGAAGCCUUAAAAAGACUCGAAAUGAGUAGGCAAAAAAAUGCCGGUAUGGUAAAGAGCUCCUUAGUAACCAGAUUAAAAUAAAAAUUUAUUUAUGUAUUUACUAAUAUUAUUAUGAAUUUAUUUUGUAAGGAAAAAAAAUAAUUACAUUUUCCAUUUUCGAAA